AUGCUGCUAUGCCUUCAGUUCACUUCAGUUCUUGGAGUUUGGUUGGCAACGGCCGAUGAUGUAUAUUUCUUUCCACUGCCACCAUGGCGUCUUGCUUUGAAACUGGCAAUAAGCUGUUUGGGUUUGCUGCGGAAGCAACUGAAUGACUAUGGUAACAACAUUUGGCCCAUAUGUGUCUAUGCUCUUGUGCGUGUAUAUGGACGAAUGCUUACAGAAAAUCUUGGACAAUCUUGGAAAAAAGAAACUGCUGAUCAGAUGUGGGACAUUUCAAACCGACAAUGCGACCUUGUCCAAACACAGCCACACAAUGAGGAUUAUGCGGACAGCAGCAUGGCCACAUCAUCUGCAAGAAUUACAAGGAACGUGGAGCAUGAUGUCUGUUCAUCUAUCCUGAAAGAGAGGUUGGGAGAGUUGGUAGGGAAUGAUGGGCCAUUUGUUUCCCCAUAUUCUGUGCUGAUUGGUUCAUGCCAACAAAGAUUUUGUCACGACCAUGGCUUUUUAUCAGCCCACUUCUGCCUGACAACCAACCCAGUGGGCUUGAAAGCUACAUCUCUCUUUUCUAGGGCCCCAGUUUGGGGAACUGCACGUGCUAGCUGA